GAAAAAAAAAAAAAGUGUAGCAGCCAUUACGAACGCGGCAGUUGUUGUUAUUGUUGUGCCACCUGUUGCUGCGCCGCUCUGCGUGAGGAAGGUGAGCUGAGUGAUGGUCUGGUGCCCCUCUCGCCCCGAACUCUACUCAGGGAACUAACACUGAUAAGGCUUGACACUUCCAGACGACCAGAUUUAACUCCUGCUCAUUAUGACGGCCCCUCAGCCAUUCGUGACAAGCAGUGGUGCAGAUGAUGAGUUUGACUACCUGUUCAAGGUUGUUGUAAUUGGGGAUUGUGGUGUGGGCAAGACCUGUGUUGUGCAGCGCUUCAAGUCAGGAAAUUACGUGGAGCGUCACGGCAAUACAAUUGGUGUUGACUUCUCUAUGAAAUCUCUCAUUGUGGAUAGAAAGAAGGUAAAGCUCCAGAUUUGGGACACAGCUGGCCAGGAGAGGUUUCGCACCAUAACACAGAGCUACUACCGCUCAGCUAAUGGAGUUGUGAUAGUGUAUGACAUCACCAAGCGGUCAUCCUUUCUAAGUGUUCAGCGGUGGAUGGAGGAAGUGCGCCGCUACACACACCAGCAUGUGGCCAUCAUCCUCAUUGGAAACAAGUGUGACAUGGAGACUCUGCGUGAGGUAGAGUUUGAGGAAGCAGAGGCUCUAUGUCAGACUGUGCCAGGCAUCCUUACUGUGAUGGAAGUGUCAGCUAAAGACAACACCAAUGUGGAUGAUACAUUCGUGCAGCUUGCCACUGAACUAAAGAAUCGCCACGACCCUCAGCGAGAUCUGCUCCUCACUCCUGACUUGGUGAAGCUAGGCAAGACUGAAUCCCUAAGGCAGUGGCCACAAUGCUCCCUUCCCUGUUUGCAGUGAGGAAUAAUGCACAAUCAACGCACACACACACACACACACACACACACACACACACACACACACACACACACACACACACACACACACACACACACACACACACACACACACACACACACACAGUAGUGGGAACAUUUAUAUAGUGAAUACAUGAAGAACAUUUCACAAAGCUUGAUCUGAUCUACUUAAGUGUAUGUCAGCUGCCGUCCGUGUGAGCAAGACAAUUCUGGGUAAUACGCAGCAGUGGCAGGCCUGUUACAAAAUACUGAUAUGUGCUUUACCUGUAUUUUAGCCAGAAGAAAUAAUUGUAGGACUGAAAGCUUUUAUUCUUUAUUUAGAGAUACAUUUUUAAAUAUGAGAGUAGUUUUUGACAUUUGAAAACGGUGGUUGGUACAUAAAUUUUGGUAAAUGUGUAAUCAAAAUAGUAGAAAAUAGCUAUUGAGAUCUCAGAGGAUCAAAUGCAGUCUCUUUAUCAAAUUUAUCAUUUUUUAUUUUGAUUUAAUUUUUAACAUGAGUAAAACAAACCAUGUCCAAUCUUUUGGAGAAAGCACACACGCACACACUUAUACACACACACAGGAUAGUAAGAUUCUUAGCUUACUUUCUAGCUGGAAAGGCAAAGACACAAUUCCUGGGCUAGCAUUUCAUAACCAUCCACUGCUAGGUGAACAUGGGCUGCAUCAGUGAUGAAGGAAACUUAUAGUUUUUCUCUGCCCAACCUGGGAUUUGGCCUUCUUGGGUAUGUGUCACCACUACACCACCAUUAGUAAACAAAACUAUUAGGUUAAAGAUGACUGCAUUUUGGAUAAGAAAAGCCACUGUAAAGUUAUGUUAUUUUUGUACUUAAAAAGCAUUUCAUUUUGUACGUGGCCUGUGACAUGGUUGUAGAAUAUCAGUAUGUACUAUUGUUAUGUACAGUAUAAUCUUUAUUUUUCACUAAUUUACCUAAUUAUGGAGGUUAAAGAGGAUGGUGUCUCUAUUAGAACAAACAGCUGGUAUGCUGCAUCAAGGGAAGAAGAGGGUAUGAACAUGGCUACAGUUAUGUCUCUUUCACAUGACUAAAUAUACUUUAAAUGUGGCAUAUCUGCUGAAGUUCCAUGUUUAUUUUAUGUAUUUAUUUAUUUAUCUAUUUUUGGAAGGUACUGAAGGGGAUGUAAAAGUAAUGACAAGAAGGUAGUAGAUGAUUGGUUCUUAAAUGAGAAGGAUGUUAUAAAGAAUAGAUGGAUGAAGUAUUUUAAGAGACUGCUACCAAUUGAGAUGGAUAGGAAGCUUGAAAUUGUUGUUAGAAUGUGAUGAAGAAUUAAUCUCUCAGCAGAGUUCAAUGAUUCAAGAGCUGGAAGUGACAUGUUGUAUUGAGAGAGAGGGAAUUGGGGAAGAUAAAGUGGUAAGAAUCUUAGAAACUAGGAUACAGAGGAAGUGCACAGAAGAGAGAGGGAAUUCAUGGAUUAGGUGUUUGAUGCAAGACAUGUGUGAAAAGUGUUUGGCAAAGAAAGGGAAUUAAGUAUUUUUAUUAUUUAUGGAGUUUGAGUAAGUAAAGGAUAGAUUUAACAGGGGAAGUUUACAGACUGUUUUGAGAUUAUAUGGACUAGGUUGUAGAUUAUGUGAUUUAUAUAUAUUCACUCACAUACUAUAUUUUUGCACAUUGCAUGAAGCCUGAACUACCAUAGGUAAGAUGUAUAUUUAAAUAUCUUGGGAGCUGUAUGAAAACAAAUCAGUCCUGUUUAAUUUUCUUGAAGGAAAGUCAUACACUGUUAAGUUGUCCACAAUGAUGUGUGAAAAGAGAUAGCUUUAUAAUUUAAUCUGCACUAUAGGUAUACAUUGUACUGUAUGUAUUUAUACAGCAGCCUUCAAGCAAAGGUCACUAAGCUAGAAGGAAAUGUGAGUUAGUACUAACCUUUUAAAAAGAAGUUUAGUUAAGUGCUAAUUGAAAGUUUUACCUAAUAUUUGUGAUAUUUAAAUUCAGAGACUGCUCCCAUCCAUCCCAAGCAAUAUGCAGAAAUGCACAGCCCUUAGAUGUAUUGCUAUUAAUGAAAUUAUUUAUUGUGAUGGACAUCUGUGUAUCAUAACAGUAUACUAAAUCCACAAGGGCCAAGUAUGGGUGAAUCUUGAUUUAAGAAAGUACACUUAUAAAUAUUUGAUUUAUGGGUACAUUUUUAAGGAAUGUAGCUAAAUCCUAAAUCUUCAUUCACCUGAACAGUAUAUUAUUAAAGUGUACUGAGACUGCACAAAAGUACAUUUUGGCAACUCCAUCUGUCUCCUUUGAAGAGACAGAUCUUGUGAGAGGCUAAUCUUGAGAGAAACACACAUUUUUUAACAUAAAUGCACAAGUUUCUAAAUUGCAUUAUAGUAGAUCUCACCAAUGUAGCAUGAUAUUCAACUUCACCAAAUUAGUGGAAAUGCUGUAUUAUCUGGUACACCAAGCUGACCCUUGUGCUGGUGCCUAGCAAAAGUAUAUGUUCAUGUAUAUAUGGAUACAGAUGUACGGUAUUUGUAGUCAAUUUGCCAGUGUUGCCUAAACCAUUCAAAAGGUAUGGCAAGUUGAAAAUUUGGUGUAGUACAGUCUAAAUCUGUCACUCACUACACUUAUUUUGCACUAUAUUUGCCAUCAGUCAAGAAUAGAAGUAACCACUUACAGUAUUUCAUUAGCUAAUUACUUACGUACCUAAUUUCCAUUCCAUUUCAAUAUUUUCAUUAUUUUUGUUUAAGAAAAUUCAGUGUUUUGCUUAAGAAAAUUUAAUGUUAAUAUGAAUGUAUGCUUGUCAGUUUACUUUCCUGUUUUCCUAUAACCCAAGUUAAGUGAUUGCAAAUCCUAUAGCCAGCCUUUGUACUCAUCCAUUAACAAAUUUUAUUCAUUUAAUUGUACUGAUAGUGUCACUGACUGAAUAUUAGAAUAUGUAUGUAACUACUAUCAUCUGCAACAAUUUUUCUUUUACAAUUUUGUUUUAUGUAUAUACAGCUUGUAUUGUAGAACCAUGGGAUUAAUUGUUGAAAUACCUUUUUAGAGGACACAAGAGUUGGCUGGAAUUGAAAUUUUCUUAAUUUGCAAAGCACUUGUGAUCUUCAGUGUCCAAUUUUCAAAGCUAUACAUCAUUCUGACCAAGCCAUGACAAAGCACACAAUCUUACAAAUAAAGCAGGAAAAGACACUACCUACCAAACUAAUACACUUUUCAGUACAAUUCUUUUUGAUUUUAAGUAAGUCUACAUCUCCAUGAUUUUUUAACUUACAUACAAGGAGAGAGAGAGAGAGAGAGAGAGAGAGAGAGAGAGAGAGAGAGAGAGAGAGAGAGAGAGAGAGAGAGAGAGAGAGUUAAAACACAGCAAAUGGCUUAAAUUCCUAAAUAAAUUUUCCUUGAAGCUCACCAGGAAGUGUGUUUUCUUCCAGUUUAGGAGUCAGUGCUUUAAAGAAAUAAGUGUGAUAAACUCUGAUUAAGAUUUCAAUACAUGUGGGCUUGGCGUUGUUAGUGAUUGUAGAAUGUAAUUUUUUCAGGUGUCUGUGGACGGUCACAAAAUAAAACUGUUCUCAGUGACUUACAAGUUCACAAAAAUAUUAAUUUGUAAUGUAUGAACUGUGAUAUUCAUCUUCAGAGAAAGUGUGCAGGUAUACAUGGCAAUGGUAGUGACAUUUAGUACAGGUUUUGAAUGCAAGAUUUAAAUUAUGUUUUGCAAUUUGGAUAGACCUGGAAUACGUGUAUAAAGGAUAAAGGAAAAAGUUUUCGAACUACUUUAUGGUGUUAUCUUAAAGCAUGAUUACAAAAUUACCACUGCUAAAUAAAAUAUAUUGGUUUA